AUGAACCGCCGUUCCAGAUUGGGGAAAUUCGUGGCUCUAGUGCUGGUUGCAGCUGUCGAGCUGAUCGAUGAGGAAACAGACCCCUCACCAAUAGAGGCCUUUGCUUCUGCAGCCUGCACGGCUGAAAGGGUGCUCGUUGAAGCGGACAAUAAGGUCGCGACGGAGCCCUUCAUGGACGAUAUGCGACUAGGGAUGCUCAGCCGCGUGGACGUGCUCGCAACUGGGAAGAUAGUGAAGCUGCUGAAACAGCUGCGUGACAUUUAUCCAAGCACGACCAGAGUCGGUGACUUCAAGGCAAUAUUGCAGGAGAUGGUAGCCGACUUGGACGUGUGGAUGUCGAAGCGAUGCAUCGGGAAGCCCAAGUUUGACCAGAAACUUGCGCUAAUUCACGAGCUGAUUGGAUAUCGCUUCGAGAUGUGGGAUCCUCGUGGAGAACCAAUGCUGGGGGAAGCUAUCUCAAAGCUGGAAAGGGUUCGCUCCUUGCAAAGAGGUUCCGAAUGGGAUGACCUUUUCUCUUUCAAUUUGCAGGCCGAUGUAACGUCGCCGCCUUCGACGAUUGUGACGAAAUCGGGCUCUCAAAAACGCUUUGAUAACGCUGCGAGUGUGGAGAAGGAUUUCGGCUACGUCACGACUUAUGAAGAAGAAGUACGCUGCAUUUCUGCGUCCAGCGAAAAGAUGAAGGCUUUUGACGAACUUGUGGACCUCGUGCAAUGGCUUUUCAACACGAUCAGAUGGACAGCGGAUUCAUCACUGCUGCCAAUCGAUCGCCUGUGCCAAUUGAACGGAUGUUUUGAAACGCUCACGAAACUAUGCGAUAACGGGAAGUCGCUCAAUAUGGAAGGAUGUAUUCACUUGGAGAAGUUGCUCUGCUCGAUUCGUCAAGUGAUGUACAUGCGGCGAGACUACGCAGCAUGCUCAAAGUGCUCUAACUCGUUUUUGUGUGUGUACAUGAUCCCAAUAACGCUACUGGGUUUGUUCCCACCCGAGAUUUGUCCCGAGUUUACGUACCCAGAAGUGAGUCUAAACCGAAAAAGAGUAACCAAGCUGCCUGAUGCUCGGCGGUAA